GAGCUGGUUACAUGAAAUGUUCUUCCUCCUGCUGAGACCUUCAUGCUGAUGGGAGAUUUUCAAGAUGGACUCCAGCACAGAUUCAGACUCUGGGAUCAGUCCGAUGUGGUCGGAUACCAGCACUCUGGGAUGUGGGAGCAGUGCACCAGAGAGCGGAACCUCACGCCGGAUGACGACUUUAACGCACAAGCCUUUGGGAAGACACGCCUGCUGUUCGCUGUUUUUGGACCCAUACGAUGGGAGCUCGGAGGAUUCUGAUGUGUCCAGCGGUGGUACCGUUAGGCUGCCGAGGCCGCACGGUAAAGGAGGCCACAGGAGGCGACUGUUCCCUCACUCAUCAAUGACGACGGACACAAUGAGGGCGUCUUUGAUGCAUCGUCAGGGAGACGCCCGGGUGAAACAUGGGAGAUGUUCUGGGGAGGAUUGCAGGAAGACUCCGGAUGAAAGUGAGAACAUCCACGCCAUGGAUGUAGAGGUGCAGCUCGAUGACUCUGGUUUGGAAGCUACGAGAUCUUCCACAUGUUGCACACCUGGACUUUACAUCUCAGAGGAAAGGAGCUCGCCUCAGAUGCUGAGCAGCAGCUUGGGGAGAUCCCUCAGACCUCUGAGCAAGAGGAAGGAGCUUCCUCCUGAAGCAGAGCCAGUGGAGGCGGAGCUCAGAAAGAGGCGGUGUGUCGUAAACACGGCGGAUGAACGAGGAGAACCGGGAUGAAGCGUGCCUGAAGCCUCUGCUCACUGCCCAUGAAUGAUUCCACCGUUUUAGUUUUCCCUAAAACUGUUUUUCACAUUUUGCUUCUUUUUUCAUCAAGUUAGUUUCUCUUGAUUUUAACCUGAUUCUGUUGCUAAAGUCAUAAUUUUGUCAAAUAAGCUGCUAUGAAGAAGGAAGUUUGUCUUGCUGUAAAACAGAAACAUUGAGAUUUAACUCAGUCCUUAAAGCAAAUAUUAUU